AGCCCUCCUGACGAAGAAGCGAAAAUGGACUUUCUUCUUGCCGAUUCUCCGGCUUCAUUUUUCUCUGCUUUCCUCUUCCGUCUAUCGAUUUUUUCAUCCAUUUGAUCCUUGAUUGCUUGAAAAUCCACAGGAUUGAUCUUUGAAGAUGAAGUUUGUCGAAGAAUUCUUUUAAUUUUAGUUUCGUUUUCGAUCUCUCAUUUUCUGUUCGGAAAAUCGGUUAAACCCUUAUCGAUUUUUGAUCUUCUGGUUAUUUUUCUUAUGGGCCGUGGUUCUGCUGCGUCUCUUGCUCCGGGGUUUCGAUUUCACCCCACCGACGAGGAACUUGUGCGUUAUUAUCUCAGGCGCAAAGUUUCCGGCAAAUCCGUCCGUUUCGAGCCUAUCUCCGUCACUGACAUAUACAAAUCGGAGCCGUGGGACCUUCCUGAGAAGUCGAAGCUGAAGACUAGAGACUUGGAGUGGUACUUCUUUAGUCCUCUGGAUAAGAAAUAUGGCAACAGUUCAAGGACCAAUAGAGCUACCGAGAAGGGGUAUUGGAAGACGACCGGAAAGGACCGGCCGGUACGUCACAACUCACGGGUUGUUGGGAUGAAGAAGACUCUUGUUUACCACAGCGGGCGGGCGCCUCGCGGGGAUCGCAGCAAUUGGGUGAUGCAUGAAUAUAGAUUAACGGAUGAGGACUUGGAGAAAGCUGGGGUUGUGCAGGAUGCUUUUGUGCUUUGUAGGAUAUUUCAAAAGAGUGGUACAGGACCGAAGAACGGAGAACAAUAUGGAGCUCCAUUUAUCGAGGAGGAGUGGGAGGACGAUGAAGAGUUAAUUGUAAUGCCUGGGGAGGAGGUUGUGGCCAAUGAGGGGUUAGUUGAUGAUGAUAUCCAUUUUGGAGUGGAUGACAUUGCUCAGCAGUAUCUUGAUGAAGGACUUCCAUUUGAAUAUGCUCAACUUCCCUCGAACUAUCCUGAAGACACUAGCAAUCAUGUUGAUCUACCCGAUGUGCUUGUUGAAAGUGAUACAAAACCAGAAGUAUGUGUAGGCGAUACUUUGGAGCUACAGCAUAACCAUGGAUUCUUUCAAUUACCAGAGCAAUGCGGAAUGGGUGGGAAUGCUGAAUCAAGUGAUAAUUUUGCGGAAUCAAGUGACAAUUAUAAGCAUGAGGAUGUUGAUUACUUACUUGAUGAGCCUUACCCAAGUGUUCCGGACGAUCUUGCACUCAAUGAGGAACUAUUCCUUGAGGCCAAUGAUCUUUCAAAUCCAGUUGAAACUGAUCCUAUUGGUUUUGACGUGCUUGAAGAGUAUCUUACAUUCUUUGAUGCAGAUGAUGACAACUUACAGCUGUCUUUUGACCCAUCAGAAAUUUUGGGCAGUGAAGAUCCUAUUUCUGGCCAAGCAAUUCCUGAAGAGAAAGCAAAUGGAGUUGCAGAAAACGAGUUCGUUGCUAUCAAACAAACGUCUGUUGCUUCCGGCAAUGAUGCAUCCACUUCAAAGCAAAAGCCUGAGGCUACUACUGAAACAGGCUUGGAUUCAAGAUCAUCAUUUCUCAAACGUGCCAGUUACUUGUUGGGCGACAUCCCGGCUCCUCCUGCAUUUGCUUCAGAGUAUCCAUCAAAGGACACGGCCAUUCAGCAGAACUCAGCCGCUCCAACUUCCAGUUCAGUUCAUUUGACUGCCGGAAUGAUCCAAAUAAGAAGCUUGACAUCAAGUGAAGAUCUGGCAAAUUCCUUGGCCUUAUACCGAAAGUAUGCAGAGGUCAACCAAACCCAUUUUCUUGGCGGACUUCAAGGUGUCAAUGACGAUAUCAUCCGCCAGACACCGAUAUUUGUUGCAGUAUCUCAGAAGAAUGGGAAUACGGGGUCACGGGGCAGCUUCUUGUUCUUCUUUCUGCUUUUCUGGGUCCUUAUACUUUCAGUGAGCUAUAAAGUUGGGAGUUGUAUAUAUUCCCAUUGAUGCAGAAGCAGAAUUAAAGAUUAGGUGUGGCAAUGAAUAAGGUUUUACUGGCUGCUGCUAAAUCUCCCUCUCCAGCAGCCAAAAACAGCAUAUAAACUGAGGUGGAAUGGAAUGGAACUGCCCUUCUCGAGUCACUGCCUCGACUCCCCUUGCCCGCUCUCUGGGGUUUGCUUUUUAACUUUAUACAUUCUUUUGUCUACACUACAGAGAUGUUUUACACAGUAGUUGGAUGAGGGAAGAGAACAUUUAUACUUGCAUAUAUAUAUUAUUAUCUUAGGUUAUUUGGUUUUCUUUUAUGCGUUUUGAUCCCAAAACGCUACUUUACUCUCUUCAUUGUUAUAGGUAUAUGAGAAAACAAAGGGAAGAGAAACUUUCACCACACUGGAAUUUGUUCAUCAUUCACGAGAAACUUACAAUUGUUUUUAUUCAAGUUUAGGGCUACUUUCUCUGCAAGGAUUCAUUUUGUGCC